AAAUUAAUAUCAAGUGCGUCACUGCAAUGCAUAGGCAAUAGUUGCAAAAGCCAGUUGAAAAAUGUACGGCUGCUGCGGCUGCUGGUAGCUAUUACCAGGCAAACGCUAUCGAUAAGUGUGCAGCUGCUGUUAAAACAAUAACAACAAGCGGAAGCAUUCCACUGUUCAUUCGCUGUUCAGCUCGUUUCGCACGUCGUUUUGGUUUGCUACUGUCGUGUGCUAAAAAUAGAAUUUUAACCACCCACGCAAAAAAAAAGAAUAAUACAAAAACGCAUUUAAUUCGGAAACCUUACUGAACAGUGUGUGUGUUUGACUUAAACAGCGAUGCAGAUGCACAGAAUUAAUAAGCAAAGCAAUAACAAAAAGAACAAAAGCAACGAUGAGGAAUCUCUGAGCGGCCGUUGCAUUGAAUGAGUGUCCUUGGCGUUGCUGCAACACGCUGUCGCGCCACGCCACAAUGUCCGAUUUUGUACCCUGCGAUUUAUUGCCAGAUCUUUGGCAGGAGAUACUGCAAUGCCACUGGACGUUUCUGGAAACCGAGGAGAGCCCGCAGAAGCUCGAGGAGCGCAAGAAGCUUGAAUGCUGCCUGAAAGAGUUUCUGUGCGUGGUGCCGCACGAUCGCAAAUUCUUCUUGCCCGAAACGGGGCAUGUCCUGCGCAGAACUGUUUGCGAGCUGAACGACUUUACGGCACAGAAUGCCAUCGUUGGCUUCGAGGCCGUCAGCCAGUAUGCCAACAAUUUAUUUACAAAGCCCUGGCGCAAGGAAUUUCGCACGCUUAAAACCUACUCCGGUUCGUAUCAGCAUAACGUUGAAUCGAAUCUGAUCGAUGCCGAAAGACUGUUUCUGGCCAUGGGCUAUCGUCGCAUUAGCGAGGAUACGUUUGUGCUGGAGGGACCCAUCUGCCCCGACCAGGUGACGAAUGUCUCGCGCGAUGCGAUGGCCGCAUAUGUCGAGUGCCAAAUUAUGAAACACAUCUAUGCGGGCCUCAGUGCCGCUGGCUUCAGCUGCAGCUGGCAGGAUAUAUUCCAUUAUAGGGAACGACAUGUCGGCGGCACAACGCAGUCCAUCAAGGAGCUGGCCUAUCGACUGCACGAGCUGCGGCUGCGCAAGGAGCAGCAUCAACAGCAGCAGCAGCAGCAUCUACUGGCAACGGAGAACACCUACAGCAACAUCGCGCCCCCCAAUCGCAGCAAUGACAGCUGUACGGCGGAGAAGUCUGCACCAGCCCCUGCCUGUGCGCUGCACGGACCUGCUAAUAAUAAUGCCAAUAUCUGCGCGCUGCAUGCGCCUGCCCAUCAAACCGCCCCGCCCACGAAUCUCAAUUGCAUGUAUCAGCAGCAGCAACCGCAGGGCGCUCUGAUGACGCACUCGCGCAGCCUGGAACAUUAUCAGGAGCCGCAUACGGCGCUGCCACAGCGACACUCAUUCGAUCAGCAUCCCAAAGAUUGUGCGGCACUGCAUCCACAUGGACACUUGUAUGAGGCGCCCUACGAUUGCCUGGAUGGCCUCAGCAUGGGCAGCAGCGCCUCGUAUGCGGCUGUAGCUGGCGCUUACAAUGCGCCCGGCAAUCGCUAUCCGCUGCCCUACAACAUCUCCAGUCAGCUAAAUGCGCCCUAUGCUACGCCCCUGGAUGGCUACGGCCAUGUGGAGCAGAAUAAUGCGAACAUGUAUGCCAGCAUAGGCAACAGGCCGGCGACAGCAGUGCCCCACAGCUGUGGCUACCAUGGCGGCCAGUUAGGCGCAACAGCACGGCAUCAGCCCAACAAUGCCGCCGCACUGGCCGCCAUGCAGCACAGGCAGAGCACAUAUCCGCCAGAUCACCAUCUAAUUGACUUCGAUGAGCGAGCCCAGCUCAUGCAGCAUGACUUCAACGAUCCGCGUCAAUACGAACGACGUGGCCAGCGUGCUCAGACGGCCAAGCAUGGCAUGAGCAGCUCCAUGUAUGCCCAGCCCCGGGAUGCCAUGGCCAUGGGCUAUGCCGGCGGCUACGAUGUGCCUGCCAUGCUGCCAACGACCUUGCCGCAGCCGACGCCGCAGGAUAUGUAUGUCUAUGCGCGGCCUGUGCCUAAAAGCAGCCGCAUUCGCGCCAAGCUCGAGACGGGCGACAAGUCAACGGACAGGCAGCGAGAGCCAAUGAUGGAUCCCCUGGAUAAUAAUCGGAAAACGACGCACAAGGAAUUGAGGGAACGGAUUAGUCUGAACGCCGGUGCAGCUGAUGGCCGCCAGCAUAUGCGGGAGCGUGACUUGAACAUCUCGGAUGGCACCAGCUAUGAGUCGGCCAGUCUGGAUGAUUUUACGGCGCUGAGCAGCGCAUCGCCGCCGCUGAUGCCCAAGGUGCAGGAGGGCGUUGGCAGUUUCGAGUCCUGGAACUAUGUGUUCAAGAAUCUGGAGCGUUCCGGCUACUCCAAGGAUCUGGGCGAUCGUGAGGAUUUGCUGGUGCAGAGCUUGGAUCUGGAUUCACUUAACCUGGCCAAUGGUGGUGCAGCUGCAGAUAAGCGGCGCGGCACCGAGACGCACACACAGCCCGCCGCUGUGGAAAAGUCGCGCACGCUGGAGAAGAAACGUGAGCCGCGCAUUGUGCAAGCGGCGCCACCUGCGCCAGCGCUCAACAGCAGCAGCCCGGGUGUGAAAAAGGUGAAAUCCGCUCUAAAGACAGCCACCAUAGACAACAGACCAGGCGGCGGCAGCGGUGGUGCACGGAGUCGCGGCAGCGCAACGGGCGCCGUUGCCAAGCAGCCGCCGCCGGUGUCGACGCAACUGAUCGUGACCAGCCCGAACGAAUGGAGCUGUCGUUUCUGUACGUUCCUGAAUCCGGACACGAAGCGCAUCUGCGAGAUGUGCUGUCGCAGCAAGGACUUUAAUCUGGAGGCGGCGGCAAAUGUGUCGCACGCAUCCUCCACCUGUGUCUAGACUAUGUUAAAUCCUGCACAUGCUACAAUAUGAAAUAGGUAUAUAUUUACUACAUGAAAUAUGAGAAACUGUACACCACGCAAGUGAUAGAAGAGAAAACACACAGUAUGAGAGGAGUUUUGGAUAUAUACAACUACACAUAUAGAACUUAUAUAUUUUUUAUACGGAAUUCGUCAUUACAACAAACUGUGUGCAUGUUUAUAGAAAGUUCUCUAGUCUUAUAGCAUCUACGAUUUCAAUCACAAUCCCUAGCAUUAUGUACAUACGAGACAACAUACAUACAAAAAUACAUACAUAACUAUUAUAAGUAAUAUAUUAUUCAUAUUAUGAAUUACAAUUUAAGUUUUCGAUUAGACUUGUGUACACAUGCUUUAAUUAGCUCGUAGAUAUGUUUCCAUUUGUUGUGGGCGUCGCGUUUUUGUUGCAAAUGAUGUGCCUACACCUGAUAUAAGUCGCAUGUAUGUAUGAAUACUAACUAUAUAAUGUAAGUAAUAACUGUAUAGUUGUGUGUGCCUGCGAGUGUGCGUCUGUAAAUAGUUUAUUAAACCGAGUUACAAACAAAAAUACAAAAAAAAAUAUACAAAUAUAUUGGAAAGCCAAGUAUAUUUAUUAUGCGUAUAUAUAUAUACACACAAUAUAUACAUACAUAUGUUUAUUGUAUGCUAGACUAACUUUUCGUAAAUACCUUUACUACAUACAAUAUAAUCAAUUCAACUUGAACGAGCUAAACCAAUGGGUAAUACAAGUAGUACUGAACAUGUUUCCACUUAUAUUUUAUUAGCAGCUCCUUAGUACACAUCAAGAUUAUGCAAUAAGAGUGAGAGACAGCAACUAUACAUGCGUACAUAUAGUUUACCCUCUAUAUAGUGCCACACAAUCUUUAGUUUUUGCCCACCAUGCCACGCCCAACGCCCAACGCUGAAAAAGUGAGAAAUAAAAAGCACUUGAUUUGUUUGUUAAUUGUUGCUAAACAAAAAUGUUAAAUGAAACCUUAAGCAAAGUAAAUAAUAUUUUUUUAUGCAAAAAAGAUUUUAAAAAAUGAAGGAAGGGAGGAAAAUAAUGUACCUUUUUGUGAUUUAUUUGAUUUGUUGUUAAUCUAUUGCGCCCUGACAUAUAGAAGAUAUGUAGUUCAAAUUGUAUCAGUUGAUAUUAGCAAAAACAAAAAAAAAAAAAAAAAAAAUUAAAUAAAUAUAUGAAGAAAAGAAAACAAAAACCAAAACAAUCAAGAGUUAAAAAAUUCGAUUUUCAACUUUUCUAAAAUACUAACUAAAAAAAAAAGAAGUUAAAAACAAAUUACAUACAA